UGGGCUUUGUUCUUUCAGGGAGAGCUUUGCUCUGGUUAAGGGGGCGGUCCUUCUCCUUGAUGAAGGGGAGGAGCCAGAUGAUGAAAUCACCCGUUUGUCCAGGCCCUGCCCCACAGGCGGGCGCUCUGGCGCUCAGCAGCGACACCUGGAGGCCAUGAUUGCGCUACUGCGGCCAGAGGACAAACUGAAACUGGCUGUACAGUUGGAGUCAGUCAGUCCAGUCCGUGUAAGGUAUCUCUUGGUUGUUUCUACUCUCUCCCGAAAAUGUGAGAACCUCCUUUUGGGAAUGGACUUCCUCAAGACUGAUAGUGAUGACUGCACUAUCGGUCUUGUCCUGCCGAUCUGGAGCGACACGCAGGUGUAUCUGGAUGGAGACGGCGGCUUCAGUGUGGUGUCAGCAGAAGAGACCAGGAUCUUCAAACCCGUGUCAAUACAGACCAUGUGGUCCGUCCUCCAGGCUCUGCACCGCUGCUGUGAGAGUGCAGUGAUCGGCUCUGUCAUUCCGGGCUCCGGGCUGGACUGGGCCCAGCACUACAGGAUGCGGCUCGGCUCGGACAGGCACUGCAUCCACGAGUGGAACGCCAUGACCGAUCUGGAGUCUGUGCGCCGGGACUACUGCCGAGAGGGAGACAGAGCAAUGAUGGAGAGGAGGAUUAAGUCUCAGCUCAGAGAGAUCAUGUGGAAAGAGGACCUGGAGAACAUCACUUCCAAACAGGUGCGCUGUGCCCUGGAGCAGUGCCUUGGUGUGGACAUGAAGGACUACAAGGAGUUCAUCGAUAAUGAGAUGAUGGUCACCAUGGCUCAGAUGGACAAGCCUUCCAGGAUCUUCGACUAUCUGUACCUGGGGUCAGAAUGGAAUGCGGCCAAUUUUGAAGAGCUACAGAAAAACGGUGUGGGAUACAUACUGAACGUAACAAGAGAAAUAGACAACUUCUUUCCAGAGACAUUCACCUACCUCAACAUCCGAGUGUAUGAUGUAGAGACCACAGACCUCCUGUCUCACUGGAACAACACCUACCACUUCAUCCACAGAGCUAGGAUCGCGGGCAGCAGGGUUCUGGUUCACUGUAAGAUGGGGGUGAGCCGUUCAGCCUCCACAGUGGUGGCAUUUGUGAUGAAGGAGUAUGGCUGGUCACUCGAGGACACCCUGGGCCACAUCCGAGAGAGGAGGCCCAUCGUCCAGCCCAACGCAGGCUUCCUCAAGCAGUUGGCCACCUACAGUGGGAUUCUGCAGGCCAGCAAGCAGCGCCACAGCGCCCUCUGGAGGAGGAAGUCUCGGGAGAUGAGAGGGCUCCCCCUGCAGGGCGGGGAAGGCAGCGACUCCGAGAGCGAAGAGGAGGGGGAGGUGGAGAAGGACAGAGAGAGUGAGGGGGAGGGGGAG